AGAGCUAUUCUUCUAGAUCUAUCCAAUCAGCAUAAAGCGAAUCGAGAAAACGUUGAAGAAAUGCUAGAGGAGUUCGUUUUACAUUUUCGUCACUCCCUUUCGAGAGAUGGCGAAUCUUUCUCUCUAGGGGUGCGUUCCGUUUCACGCAUGAUGCGCAUGACGCAUCAUUUAUCCUCAUUUAACAUCAGGGGCUCGAUCACGAAUCUUUUCCUGUAGCGCGAACUCGUGAAAAGCUAGAGAAAAAGGUUCCCUGGUAAAUAAUAAAUAACAAGGAUAAAUGAUGCAUCAUGCGCGAAACGGAACGCACCCAAGAUGUGUUCUUUGUAACUGCACCGUAUACGUAAUUAGGCGCCGAAAGGAACAAAGACGGAAGAUGUAAGUAAUAGUUAAAGAGACGAGGACGAGGGACGUAAAGUGCAAAAGGCUCAGCCGCGAGGUGCAGAUCCACGGUCUCUCCCGCGUACAAGUUAGAACCCUGGUGGACCCUUAACCUCAUUAGAGCGGAGCGUAGGCGAAAAUAAAGAUCCGAGAUGAUCGAGUCCUGCACGAAGAGGCGAAUGUUGUUGGGCAUCACAUUCUUAGGAGGAUUGACGGUUCUAGCGCUAAUUAUCGAGAGCCACUGGACCAACAGCUCGAGCAAGCUUUACGUGGACAACUACGAGAACAAUUCAUCCUGCAUCUCCGGCGAGGAGUACGAGGUGAUAUCCGAGUGCCAUCCGUGCACGGCCUUUGAAAUCGCCAGCGAGAGCAUCGGCGUCUGCGUCCACGCGAGGUACAAGGAGGUGCUCAAGUGCAAGAGCGGUGAAACGAUAACGAGAAGUUGCGACAAGGUGGCUUGGCUGGAGGAACGGGCGUUCUGGAAGUUCGAGGGCUUCAUGCUCGCCGCGGCGAUCGUCUCUUGCUUCACCGUGUACUGGAGAGAGAACAUACUGCGACAGAGAAUAAUCAGGAAGGUGGCGAGACAGUUGCGAAUUAGCGUGUGAACGUUGCCA